AUGGCACUAUCAAGAAGUAUGAGAACAUGUUUGCACAGUGGAAGACUUGCCCUUCUUGCCAUAUUGGUCUCUAGUGGAAUUGUCUUGCAAAUCUUGGCUUGUGCUCUCUAUAACAACUGGUGGCCAAUGCUAACAGUUCUGAUGUAUCUUAUCCUACCAAUGCCCCUCAUAUUUUUCCUGGGUUCUGAUACUUCCUCGAUCAUGUCUAAUGGGGGAGACAGUUGGGUGAACUUCACAAAAUUCUUGACGGGCGCAUCAAUAGUGGGGAGCAUUGCCAUUCCGUCAAUCCUGAAACAUGCUGGCGUCAUUGGAUGGGGAGCCCUGACGAUGGAGCUAUCAUCGUUUGUGGUCUUUGGCGUGGCAAUCCUGUGGUUCCUCCAGAUGAACGGUGAAGACGAGUACAGCGGUGUGUUCUAA